CUGUGGCUCCCUCUGGCUCGGGGGGCAUGGGGAUGCACGCGGGUCUGCCCCAUGGGCUGCACGUGCCCCUGGGAGCGGGGCUGCUCCGUGCUGUGUGCUGGGGCCAGGCUGCUUCAGGUCCCGGCCGAGUUGCCCUUUGAGGCCUCGGGCCUCAUCCUGGACAGGAACGCCAUCCGCUUCCUGGCCGAGCGGGCGUUCGGGACGCUGCCCUCCCUCCGCCGCCUCUCCCUGAGCCACAACAACCUCUCCUUCAUCACCCCAGGGGCCUUCAGGGGGCUGCCCAACCUGGCGGAGCUCAGGCUGGCCCACAACCCCUCCAUCCGCUCCCUGCACCCCCGCACCUUCACCGGCCUGGGCCACCUCGCCCGACUGGACCUGGCCCACUGCAACCUCUUUGGCAUCUCCGACCGGCUUCUGGUUGACCUGCCCACCCUGCGGGAGCUCUCCAUCUUCCAGAACCGCUUCCGUUACCUGCCCGGGGCCCUCCGGGGCCUGGAGAACCUGACUCGCCUGGACCUGGCAAGGAACCAGCUGGAGGCUGUGGCCUCCAACUCUCUGCAGGGCCUGCGCGGGCUGCGCUCUCUCAACCUACAGGGCAACCGCAUCAGCAUCCUGCAUGGCCGGGCCUUCCGUGACUGUGGGGCCCUGGACCACCUCUGCCUCGAUGACAACCUGCUGGCCCAACUGCCGGCCCAUGCCUUCCAGGGCCUUGGCCGGCUCAGGGUGCUUAACCUGGGCGGGAACUACCUGAGGCACGUGGCCACCUCCUGGUUCCGGGAUCUGGUGGAGCUUGAGGUACUCUACCUGGACCGGAACCACAUCGGCCACAUCGAGGAAGGGGCCUUCGAGAACCUUACAGGCCUCGUCACCCUGCACCUCAAUGGCAACCACCUGACCUCCCUGCCCUGGCUGGUCUUCCAGCCGGUCUACUUCCUGGGCCGCCUGUACCUUUUCCGGAACCCCUGGGCGUGCGACUGCCGCCUUGAGUGGCUGAAGGAUUGGAUGGAGGGCUACGGCCUGGUCCGGGACGUCCCCUGCGCCUCCCCAUCCUCGGUGGCUGGCUUGGACCUGAGUCAAGUGGACUUCCCCCGGUCCCCUGAGGGCUUCUGCCUCGACCCCGCAGAACUGAACCUCACCUCUUCCUCCUCCUCUUCCACUGCCACUGCCCUGACAGAAGCUCCUUCCUCCACCACUGAGAGCAAGUUCCUCUUUCUCCUCUCCCAGCUGCUGUCGUCCCGCACCUGGGGUGAGGCGGUGACCGAUGCACCCGGAGUGUCCGUCAACAGCUCCCUGCCAGAAGGCCUGGAUGGCCCUGUCUCUUCAGGGAGGGAAGGGUUCGACUGCAGGUGCUCGGCCCCCUGCUCUUGCCGUGGGCUAUUAGGCGGUGCAGCUCUCCUCACCCUCAUCCUGCAGGCGGGAUGACUCCAUGUCGUUGCCACCUCCCCGGAUGGCACAGGACACUAGAGGCGGCUGGUUGGCUCUGGGGUGGGAGGAAGGAGAGCUCUGAUGCUGCCAGCUAUGCUGGUGAAGCGUGAGAUCUCUCCAGGAAGACCACUUCCCAGCCCCGCUCAGUCUUUAGAGCGUAUGUUGGGGACCACAAGCAAGAUGCCACAUUUGAAGUUCACAGAUAAAUCACACUGACCUUCUAGGAGCGUUAAGGAUUUGCCCAGUGGGGUUGGGCGGCCAUUUCCUUUCUGGGGGAAGAUGGGGUUCGAUACUCAUCUUGGCAGGCAACAACCGGGACUCCGACACCAGACGCAAAGAUUCCUGAGUGGACAGACAUUGAGGCUUUUGACUCUUCUCCCUUCCUCCUUGUCUGUGAGAGAUGGAGUGCUGGUUUUCAGGUCCCCACCCCAAACCAGAUAGUCCCUUUGUCAGUCCUGGAUGCUUGUGGGGAACAGUUUGACACCCCUUCUCCCUCAUCCCCUGAGGAGGAUGAGGGCUGGAUCUGUUUUCACGUAAACCCCUAUGGGUUUGGGUAGAUGCAAAUUAGCCCGGAACAUGCAGGGAAGUCCCAUUGUAAGCUAAUGACUUACCUCUCUGCUCUGGCUCUUCCCCUAAUGAAUCAACCUCCAAAUGGAAAGAGAAAAUGGAAACCAGUUAAAAGUGUUGUGGUAGAUUGCUACUCUUCUGGGGAGUUGUCAGGCUGAGAACUACAGGGAUGAGGACUUGCUGCUGGGAGAAAGGUAGGCUAAGGGAAAGUUUGACAUAUGUGAGACCACUUUUGUCAUGAGGUCAAACUGCCACUGAGGCAUGUUCAUGACCAUCGAGAUGAGCAAUUUUUGGGGGUAAAAAGGAUCAAAAUGGUCAUCUUAUGAGUAGGCUGCAUCCCUAGUAGACCCAUAUAGCCUAAGGAUCCUCACAGCCUUUGGUUAAUAACUCUGUGAUUUUUAUUAAGAAGUGCUUACUAGGGGAUGAGUUUUAAGCUCUGGGGCAGGUUCAA